CAUACCCGCUUUAUCGUGGCGUUGUCACCGCUUCCCCGUGAUCUCCCUUAUUUUUUCUGGUUAAUGCGAAGCUUUUUAUUCGCGAAUCUCUAGCCAAAGCUCAAGAUAGUUAAUGUAAAGCCACCGAUGCGAAUUUCCUUUCUCAGAAAAUUUCAGGUCGGGGUGAUUAAUGAACUGGCCAGUACUUGCAGAUCGCGACGUACACUUCUUAGCUAGUGAGCGUCUUUCAUAACAUGGAUGAUUCAUCGUCAACAUCGUCUUCUGCGCCUGCAUCGACCGUGCCAUCUUCUCUUCCCUCCCCAGAAAUUCAAACUUUGAGUCUAGGAGAUGUAACCGACGAGGAUCGGGCGAAGGCCGCUAAGAUCAAGACAGAGGCAAAUCAAGCGUUCGCAAGUCAUAAUUUCGUGGAGGCCGUUAGACUCUACACCCAAGCCAUAGAACUGAACCCGUUAGAUGCGACGUAUUGGUGCAAUCGCGCUGCAGCUCGAACAAAACUAGAGGAAUACGGGUUCGCGCUCUUGGAUGCUUCAAAAGCCAUCGAAGUCGAUCCCAAGUAUGCUAAGGCCUUUUAUCGGUAUGUGAUAGGUUGCGGGUGCAAACAACCGAAGUUAAGCGCUCGUAUCAGUCGCGCGACGUGCUAUCUACAGAUUGUGAAACCUCAACUAGCGGUGGCGGACUUCAAGAGAGUUGUCGCGCUAGAGCCUAGAAAUACAGUCGUCCAGUCACAGCUCACAGCUACUCAAAAGCUCGUGCGCAGAAUAGAAUUUGAGAAGGCGAUUGAGGUAGAAGGGGAGAAAGAUCCAGUAGAAAGAUGUCACGAAAUCAUUGCGGAAGGCGGCUGUGAGGUUGAAAAAGCCUAUGCUGGUCCACAAUUGAGUACUGGGGAUGACGGGAAAUAUGUGAUGACGGAGGAGUUUAUCAAAGGAAUGAUCGAGUGGUUCAAGGCAGGCAAAAAUCUUCCAAGGCGAUACGCGUGGGAGGUUAUUCUUGGAGCAUACUCGCAUUUUGUGAAAGAGGAAAGUCUGGUCGACUUGGAACUACAAGAAGGCGUGACAUGCGACGUCAUUGGGGAUGUUCACGGCCAAUUCUACGACUUAUUGAACCUAUACUCGUUGACGGGUACUCCCACCGAGAAUCAUUGUCUUCUUAUGAAUGGCGAUCUUGUUGAUCGGGGAUCGUGGUCCGUUGAGGUCAUUCUUACCGCUUUUGCGUACAAAUGGUUGUACCCCACACGCAUGUUCAUCAAUAGAGGUAAUCACGAAGCAAAAGACAUGAACCGAACGUAUGGUUUUGAAGGCGAAGCAAAGCAUAAACACGGAGAGCAAACAUAUAAAUUGUUCGCUCACGUUUUCACCACUUUACCAUUAGCAACACUUGUGAGCGCCACCAAAGCACCCACCAAAACAAGCACUACGACGAUACUAUCACCAAAAGGGCUCAAGAGAUACUUUGUCGUGCAUGGCGGGCUAUUCAGUAAAGAUGGUGUUACCCUAGAUGAAGUUCGCAAAAUUCCUCGAAUUGGACGGCAGCCAGGUCAAGACGGUUUAAUGUCUGAUCUUCUCUGGACUGACCCUCAAACACUUCCUGGUCGCGGCCCGAGCAAACGUGGUGUCGGCAUUGCUUUCGGUCCUGACAUCACGAAGAAGUGGUGUUCAUUGAAUGGCAUUACUUGUAUCAUUCGCAGCCACGAAGUUCGCCAGGAUGGGUACGCCGUAGAACAUGAUGGCCUCUGCACAACCGUAUUUUCAGCCCCAAAUUAUGUGGACCAAGUGGGUAAUAAGGGAGCGUUUAUACGAAUAGAUGCAGAAGGAGAGCAAAAGUACUUCCAAUUCGAAGCGACACCUCAUCCGCCAAUGAAGCCGAUGGCAUAUGCGCAAGGAGGUCUGGCGAGCUUGAUGAUGUAGAUUUUCGUGGCGAAUCUUACAGGGAUUUAUGGACAUGGAUUAGAGUCACGAUGUAAUGGGUGCGGGCGCGUGGGAAUCUUGUUACUUGUAGUUACCA